AUGAAAUCCGCCAUUAUUCUAGCCAGCACCGCCGCCCUGGCGAGCGCCUUGGUCCAGCCCAAGCCCGCCGUCGGCGCCCAGCUCACGUCUGCAAAGGGAGUUGACGGGAGCAGCUACGGCAAACGGGCCCCAGACAUCUGCCUCGAAACAGAGGCGAAAGUGGUCAAAAAAGAAGCAACCUUUGAAGAAUGGAAGAAGGCCUGUGGAGCAGAAGGCCUAUGUAGCGCCAUGCACAGUGAACCUUUGCUUUGGCAGAGAAUCCCAGAGCUUUGCGGAUGGGCGUUUACCCAGGCUUGUCCGUCUUCGCCUGCAGAACCCUCACCCGCACCAGCUCAGUACGGCUGUCUCGAAACCGAGGCCAGGGUGAUCAAAAAGGAAGCAUCUUUCGACGAAUGGAAACAAGUCUGCAAGACUGAGGGCCUCUGCAGAGCCUUACAUAGCGAGCCCUUGCUUUGGCAGAAAAUCCCAGAGCUUCCCGGAUGGGCUCUUGCCUGGGCUUGUCCGCCUUCGCCUGCAGAAUCCUCACCAUCACCAGCUCAGUACGGCUGUCUCGAAACCGAAGUCAAGGUGAUCAAAAACGAAGCAUCUUUCGACGAAUGGAAACAAGUCUGCAAGACUGAGGGCCUCUGCAGAGCCUUACAUAGCGAGCCCUUGCUUUGGCAGAAAAUUCCAGAGCUUCCCGGAUGGGCUCUUGCCUGGGCUUGUCCGCCUUCGCCUGCAGAAUCCUCACCAUCACCAGCUCAGUACGGCUGUCUCGAAACCGAAGUCAAGGUGAUCAAAAACGAAGCAUCUUUCGACGAAUGGAAACAAGUCUGCAAGACUGAGGGCCUCUGCAGAGCCUUACAUAGCGAGCCCUUGCUUUGGCAGAAAAUUCCAGACCUUGCCGGGUGGGUAAUGGCUCAGGCCUGCCCAUCCGCAAACAGCGCCUAG